AUGUCCUGUGCUAGGGGAGGAUUCCCCUCAAUCAGGCACAACGAGAUCAGGGACCUAACUAGCUGGGCGGAGCCCGUGUGCAAUAAUGUUUGUACAGAGCCAGAAUUACAACCUGUGUCACAGGAAGCUCUGAGAGGUGCCUCAGCCAACCGCCAGGAUGGAGCACGGCUAGAUAUAGCAGCCAACGGUUUUUGGGGAGAAACAUUUGAAAGAACUUACUUUGACGUUAGAGUAUUUAACCCCCUUGCCCCGUCCAACAGACAUACCCAACUCUCUUCCGCAUACAGUAAGCAUGAAAGGAUAAAAAAGCGGGCCUAUGAACAAAGAAUAAGAGAGAUCGAACAUGCCACCUUUACACCACUUGUACUUUCUGCCACAGGGGGGCUAGGUAAUGAGGCCAACACAUUUUACAAAAGACUGGCAUCACUUCUGGCAACCAAAUGGAACAAUCCCUACAGUAGUACUAUGUGCUGGCUAAGAUGCCGACUAUCUUUCUCUCUCCUCCGAUCAUCAAUCAUGUCCAUUAGAGGAGCAAGGUCCUCAUGUGGGCACGCAGCGUUAACCCCAACAGCCGUGGACCUGGUUAACUCUGAAUGUAACAUUACUAUUUUCCCUUACUCUUUUUUCACUUACUUUGAACCUUCAAAAAAAAAAAAAGAAAAAAAAAAAGGAAAAAAAAAACAUUGA